AGGGCGCUUUGUCUUCGCGAAAAAAUGGCAUUACAAGCGGGAGUUCAAACCUCCAAAAUUCUUAUACUUGUCGGAGCCGGUUUGACUGGCUCUGUUGUGUUGAGAAGCGGCCGUUUGUCUGAUCUCAUUGCACAGCUUCAGGAAUUGCUGAAGGGUGUGGAUGAAGCUGAGAUUUCACCAGGCCGAUAUGACACCGCAGCCAUUGCUGCUCAGAUUCGACAACUAGCUCAGGAGAUUAGGGAGCUGACCUCAUCCAAUCCUGUAACUAUCUUCAAUGGCAACUCUUCCUCUAAUGGGAGUUAUGCAUCUUACCUAUUACCAGCUGCUGCAAUAGGAGCUAUGGGUUAUUGCUACAUGCGGUGGAGGGGAUGGUCAUUUUCCGAUGUAAUGUUUGUGACAAAGCGUAAUAUGGCCAAUGCUGUUGCAACCGUGACAAAGCAAUUGGAGAAUGUACAUGAAACAUUAGCUUCAACUAGAAAGCAUCUAACAAAGAAACUAGAAGUUUUGGACCUGAAAGUUGAGGAGCACAAUGAGUUAACCCAGCUUACGGCAAAUGAUGUGAAUGAAGUGAAGUCAAACCUUUCACAAAUUGGGGGUGAUUUUGAACGCAUCCAUGAAAUGAUGUCCGGCCUGGAAGGAAAGCUCAAGCUUGUUGAAAGCAAACAGGACAUAACUAACUCAGGUCUCUGGUAUCUGUGCCAAUUAGCUGAUGGGUUUAAAGAGCAGCCAAGCAGUAGAAUAUUCAAGGAAGUCAGCACGGAACUUGCAAACCAUUCAACAAAGGCUCUUGAGGGUAAAUCUUCGCUUAAGGGGCUGCAAUUCAUUACUGAAAUGACAGACACAGUUGAGAAAUCCGUCUCGGACACAAAGAAAGGUGGUGUCAGUUUUGCCAAUGAAAAAGGCCCCAUCUCGAGAACAAGAGUGCACAGAUCAUUCCCCGUUAACGUUUCUCUGGGCAAGGAUAUCACGGGUUAGGAGUGUGAUUAACCCUUUGUUUCAACCACGAUUGAUUGGCUGGCUCGUUGCCUACUUGGUUCUGCAGAACUGAAAUUCGUGAUAACUUUUUCCCUUGGGAAGUAUGAAGUUAUCUCAAUUCUUUAAAGGGACAUUUACAAUUUUACAUAGGCACAAAAUGACGGGAAACAAACUCAUUAUUAAUCAAACAAGAACAAUGCACGGGGGGUUUUAUCUUAUUUAUUUAAUGAUAAAGGAAAAAGAGAGGUUAGAGGAAAAAA